AGAUGACUCAUCUUCUGCAGAUAAGCUGAAAUAUUAAUAGUUCUAUCUCCAUAAGGCCUCUAUGCAGCCAAAUCACAGUACACCUACUCAUCUCUAUCAUUGGUGAGAUUCAUGGAAAAGAAACCCUUUCAAAACAGCUUGGAUCUUAAGCUUUGGAAACUGAUUAAAUAGCUAUGAACAGUUCAGUUGAACCUGAAUCUUAAAGAAGUCUCUUCCCCCUCCCUUUUCCUCCCCCCCCCCCCCCCCCACUUUCCUCUAAACAGUUCUUCCCGGAUUGAGAGCAUUUUUUUUAGACAGAUGGACUUGAAACCUGAUUGAUCUUGGAACAUCACUUGAAAAGUCACUGCACGUAUUGCAGGAGAAACCAGGACAUUAUUUUCUAGAAGUAAUGCCCACAGAAAGUGGAAGUUGUGCAACUGCUCGCCAGGCAAAGCAGAAACGCAAAUCACAUAGUCUUUCUAUACGACGAACUAACAGUUCAGAACAAGAAAGGACAGGACUGCCAAGAGAAAUGUUGGAAGGACAAGAUUCUAAACUCCCUUCUUCAGUUCGGAACACUCUUCUUGAACUUUUUGGUCAAAUAGAAAGAGAAUUUGAAAAUCUUUAUAUUGAAAAUUUGGAAUUGCGUAGAGAAAUUGAUACUCUGAAUGAGCGUCUUGCUGCUGAAGGACAAACGAUUGAUGGGGCAGAACUGAGUAAGGGUCAGUUGAAAACAAAAGCCAGUCAUAGUACCAGUCAGCUUUCUCAGAAAUUAAAGACCACUUACAAAGCUUCUACUAGCAAGAUUGUUUCCAGUUUUAAGACUACAACAUCAAGGGCAAUUUGCCAACUAGUGAAGGAAUAUGUUGGCCACAGGGAUGGAAUCUGGGAUGUGAGUGUUACAAGGACACAGCCGGUGGUGUUGGGGACUGCUUCUGCUGAUCACACAGCUUUAUUAUGGAGCAUAGAAACCGGGAAGUGCCUCGUCAAGUAUGCAGGUCAUGUUGGGUCAGUAAAUUCCAUAAAAUUUCAUCCUUCUGAGCAGGUUGCUCUUACUGCAUCUGGAGAUCAAACAGCGCAUAUCUGGAGAUAUAUGAUACAGUUACCAACACCACAGCCUACUACAGAUACUAGUCAACAAAUGUCUGGAGAGGAUGAAGUAGAAUUUUCAGAUAAAGAUGAUGCAGAUGGAGAUGGAGAGGGUUCCAGUGAUUGCCCUACCAUUAGGGUUCCCAUAACAACACUUAAAAGCCAUCAAGGAGUGGUAAUAGCAGCUGAUUGGUUGGUUGGAGGGAAGCAAGCAGUAACAGCCUCAUGGGAUAGAACAGCAAACCUCUAUGAUGUUGAGACAUCUGAACUUGUUCAUUCUUUAACAGGGCAUGAUCAAGAGUUAACACAUUGUUGUACACAUCCCACCCAGAGACUUGUUGUGACAUCAUCUCGUGAUACAACCUUUCGCCUUUGGGAUUUCAGAGAUCCUUCAAUCCAUUCUGUGAAUGUCUUUCAAGGUCACACAGACACUGUGACAUCUGCUGUUUUUACUGUGGGGGACAAUGUUGUUUCAGGCAGUGAUGACCGUACUGUAAAAGUUUGGGAUUUAAAAAAUAUGAGAUCCCCAAUUGCAACUAUCCGUACAGACUCUGCCAUAAACAGGAUUAAUGUAUGUGUUGGUCAAAAAAUCAUUGCUCUUCCACAUGACAACCGGCAAGUUAGAUUAUUUGACAUGUCAGGAGUACGAUUAGCAAGGCUCCCCCGAAGUAACAGACAGGGUCACAGAAGAAUGGUGUGCUGCUCAGCUUGGAGUGAAGAUCAUCCAAUAUGUAACCUAUUUACUUGUGGGUUUGAUCGCCAGGCCAUUGGUUGGAACAUCAACAUCCCUGCUUUGCUACAAGAAAAAUAAGAUCCGUGGAUUCUCAACAAUUUUUUUUUGCCAUAGACUUUUAAUUCGUGCAGAUAUUUCUGCAUUUUUGGUCUGCCAUUAUUGUGAGAAUUUAACCCUAAAAAGAGGGCUUUGUAAAUGUUGUUUCCACAUUGUGCCCAGUUUGCAUGAAAUGAACAGAAAAUGUGUGAUCAUUUUUCUUCCCCUUAUUUCUGUCUUGUGUGUGACCAUUUAUAUACUGGCAUCUAUUGGUCAUUAGAAAUGAAGUUCACUUCCCACAGAGCACAUAAAAUGCUCAUGAAUUAUUCCACAUUUGAUACACAAACAGUAGGGCAUUACGUUUCUGCGAAUUCAAUGUGAAAUCCAUAUACUUGUGAGAUAGUCUAUUACAUUUACAGAAAAAUCAUAAAUAUCUACCAUGUUUUGAAAAGAUUGGAGGCCUGCGUUUGAGUUGCUGUGAAUUUCACUGGUAGUCACACAUUUCACGUUUACUUCUUAUAUGAAGUUUUGACAUGUCGUGCUUCAGUGUAAUUCAGCUUCAGUGCUGUUUGAAUAUAGUUCUGUAAGAAUAGCCUGGAUUUGAGAAGUAUAUGGUUAGCAGCUUCUAGUAGGUAUAGAUUGUUGACUUGCAACAUUUAGAGGGAGUUUCUUUUAAAAAAGAUGUGUUUUCUGCCCUUUUAACAUUAAAUCAUUUCAGUUUCAUAAGAUCUUGCACUAACAAAUUCCAAAAUAUGAUUCUAAUCACUGAAAAAUGUUGAAGCAAAAUUUAAAGCACUUUAGUUUAUAGCUGUGGUUAUAAACAGUUUAUAGAAGUUUCAGAUGACUUAUCCAAUGACUGUGACAUGACCUUUGUAAGAAGGACUUGCUACUUUUUGGUGACCUACCUGAAAACAAAAACUCCUUUUCUGUUCCUCACCUUGAGUUUGCAUCUUUAUAAAUAGGUCCACUUCCCUGGUGGCAUUUGAGAGCCAGCAAUGCGAAUACAUGAGUACUACCUCACAAAUGAAUGUUAUAUUGAAAACUUUGAAUCUCACUGUGGCCUCGUUUAAGCACUUUUGGUUUAUAGCUGGAAUAUUGCAUUAAAAUCAUAAGGGAAGAAGACAAUCACACCAAAUGUAUCUGAAUGGAAACAAUUUACUAUUGGUUUGAUAAGGUUAUAACACAGGAUAUGUAUGCUUGGAAGAUUCUCUUGUUUUCUCAGACUAGUUGCUGAGACUAGAGUUAUUGAAGUACCUAUGAUAUUGCCUAGUGAGCGAUCCUAUUACUCUUGGCUUCUUUGAGAUCAGAAUGUCAUACUAAUAUUAGUAAAUAUUAUUUCUCAUGGGCUUGCAGUCUUGCUUUAAGAGUCUUUUUAGGACACUGCCCCUUACAUUUAUCAAUGUGCCUGUUUGGAGAUAGAUCAUUUGUGGGGAGUUACUGGAUGGUCACAGUGAAAACUAUUGUGGACAGCCACUUUUUUGUUGUUCAUGAUUUUCUCCCUUAUUUUUAGGUGAUUAGCUUGUAAUGAGUAAAAAGAAUGCCACAUUUGUUGACACAAUAAAUAGAAUAGUAGCUGAGCUUUCAGAAUUAGGUCCUAUCACAUUUAGAGUAAUUUUGCAGGGGCUGAUUAACUUAUUCAUUGGUGUACUCACUAGUAGAUGGGGGGAAAAAGAGGGAACCCCAAAAAAGAGUGAGUUUAAAGUUAAAACAGCAAAAGAGUAACAUUGUGUACUGCUAGGGUUUUUUUUUUUUGAUGAGGUGAUAAGCAGGAAAUGUAUUACACUAAGUUUUUCCUGGAAACUCAGAAGGUUCAAAGUGUUUUCAAAUUUGAUUUUUGUAUUAGCUCAAAUACCAUUUGAGAGGUCCAGAAUUAGUUGCCACUAUAGUAAUUAAUAGUGUUCCAGAUUAUGGCACCUGCUUUCUGGAGAAUAUUUUGCCAUAAUGCCUUGAUUCUAUUGAGGUAUUUGCUGUGAUUUAUUUUUACCCAGUAAUGAAUUAGCUUUUGAAAAACUGAUAUUCAAAGUACCAUUUCCUGACCCAUUUGCUGUAUGUUCAAAAGGCCCAAAUAUUAAUUUACUCUUGAAUGCUAAUUAUAAAGAUAGUGUUAUUGAUUUGAUUCCUUUUAAUUUGGAAAUUUCAGAUAUUUUGCAAUCACUGCUGCAAAUAUAAAUAUAUAUGCCUAUUUGUACAUAGACAUAUAUAUUAUACAUAUAUACAUACUUCCAUAGGUACACACAAAUAACUGAUUCAACCUUAAAAACCAAGUUUCAGUUUGGUUUUGUUUAAAGCUUUUGAAGCAUUUUAGAAUACAUGACAUGAAGGCCAUUCAGAUCUAUGCAGACUAGUAUUCAUCACUGCCAGUGGCUGCCUACUUUUAUCACAAACUAGAGGGACCAACCUCUAACCCUCCAGAAAUGACUACACACUCAUUUUCAGUGGGAGUAAAGUAAAUCCCUAAGGUGCUAGAGCUGAGUUCUCAGGAGCAGGCUAAUAUUUACUUUAUUAACUACUGAAUAUCAUCUUUUAAUUUGAUUUUAUAUAAUAGCUAUUUAUGGCCAUAAAUGUUAUUUCCAGCAAGUCAGGUAGGCAGUUGAUGAAAGUGAAUUUUUGAUGGUUAAAAUUGGCAUGUUUGUAGCCACUCCUAGUACCAUUUGAAUAGUGUUUGAAGAGGGAACUAUUUCAUGCUGAAUGUAGACAUGUCCAGAAUUUCAUUUAAUAAUAGAGGAAAAUGUGUUAAGGAAAAAUAUGUAUUAGUGCAGAAUUUUCACAGGAGAUACUUCGUUAGGCAAAGCAAUGGUCUUUUGUGGCUUUCUUUUUCUCUACCAGCGCAUAUCCCUUUUUUAACAGAUUCAAAAUCUGUACAUUUUUUGGAAUCUGAUGUAGAACAUUUGCUGCCUAAAUCUGUGAAUACAAAUUUCUUUUGAAAGAAAUAUGUAUUUGUAAAUGUUGUAUGAAUCUACUUGUUUUUUAUUUACUUUUACUGUGCUGAUUGUUUUUUAAGUGUUGUGUCUUCAUUGAAAUUUGAAAUUCAUUAAAAUGUCCAUGUUUCAUGA